AUGAACCGAUUUCAAGAGACAAAGUUUUUCAAUAGCAUUCGGGCUAGACUCAACAAGCUCGAUGAAGACACAAGGGCUCUGGGCUCUUUCAAACCUCAAAAAAAAAAACAGAAGGAGGGAGAGGGGACUCCGUUAGUCGUUAGAAGGAGAUCUGGGUCUUUGGUUCCGGGAAUUGGCUCCAUCCCCAAUUCUGACAUUUCGACACCUUUACCUCCGCCAUUGCCUGUUAAGAACGAGGACAGAUUGCCCAAACAUUCGAACGUGUUUACUGGGGUACCCACCCCGACUGAGACCGCGGCCAACUCUCGAAACCACUCUUCGGCCAACAGUGUCGACGCUGGUAGCGGGUCCAAAUCGCCAAAUACGACUAGGAAAGUCCGGAGAUUGCCCAGCUUAGAGGCUUCGUUGAAGGAAUAUUGCUAUAUCGAGGAGCCUAAGGAGAAGAACGAGCUGGCAAAAAUGCCUUCGGCCAAGGAGCCACAGCCUUUCACGAAUCCCGGAAAGACUGCCGGGGAAGUCGAAUCUCUGGAGAAUGAUGCUACUCCCCCGAAGGCAAAGGGAAAAGGGUCUUUUUUAGGGGUGGGCGGCCCGGAAGUUGGAGGUCCUGGAAGCUGCCAAAGUCAGCCGUGGAAAAACUAUGUCUCCCAGAGAAACCCCCAACAGCAGCGUCAGCGCCUGCCGGGCCAAAGUCCUCUCAGGGCUCUAAAAGGGUUCAGCCAGAACCGUCAAACUCGAACCCAAGGUCUCAUCGAAGAGCUUCCAGGACAGGGUCAGAUAUUUAUACCAUCAGUAUCCCAACGGCUACACUCAUGGAAACCAGAAGGAGAAGUGAGGACUAUGCGAGAGCGGCUACGCACCUCCACCUCCACCUCCACAUCCCCUCUUCUCAAAUACAUGCGCCCUCCCAUCGGCGGAGCACUUGCUCCCAACCCCGAAUUCACGCUUCCAUUCCUUCGGAGCGCGACCAUUUCGUCGGACGAGCUCCCGCGGUUCAGCAAAGAGUCACCGGGGCCGCUCCACCCCCGUCAAGAUUCAGAACUCUUUCUGCAACCCACGAAAGUCCCAAGCACACCAGGGGGCUCCACGCCAGGUUCCCCGCCCAUGAGAAUUGAGAGUGUCGGAAUCCCAGAACUUGAGGCUGUAUUGGGUGCGGGGAUUUCUGCGGGCUGGGAUGCCAACCUACAUGAUCCUUCUAUAUACGCCCGUCCUAAAAUCCCGAGAAGAAAUGCACUAAUCCUGUCGAGUGACCCAGGGUCUCUCACAGGGGUUUUUAUCGAUCAUCAAGGAUCAACAGGAUUUGAAAGUGGUUAUGCCGCGCAAAUGCCGCCGACGCCGCCCAGAAGUUCAUAUUCUCCAAGUGUCGGGAGAUCAGUUGACGGUGACCGCCACGAUCAGGGCAGAGAAAGCGUUUCAGGAGGCGAACACGCAAAGGCCAUUCUCGGAAGAGCUGGUAGCAAUCUCCAAGUACAUCCCCUCAGCAAGGGUAUGAGUGGGUUUGUGCCCUUUUUGCAUCAAAUCCGCGAGGUUAUGAUUUCGAGGGAUGAGUCUCUCUCUCUGAUGAAUAUUUGGCAUAUUUUGCUCAUGGGAUGGGUAAUGUGGGCGCUCGCAAAGCUCCUGGGAAUCGGCAUCGAGUUAGUGCGAGUUGUGAUCCUAGAGCCAAGUAGGAUACUUUGUUAUGCUCUUAAACGUUGGUUAAGUGGAUAGGUGGCGACAGUUGCUCUCGGAAUCCCCCCAUUCUCCGUUCCAGAGGGUUCACGUAUGCUGGGCGAUUAUAUUGUAGUUUAGAGAAUGGGGAGGUUGGACUGGAGCUUGUCUGGUGAUUAAGAAUACGAAUUUUCGAUUGAAAAGA